GGCGGGGACCGGGAGCCGACCGCCGCGCCAGCGCGUAACCAGCCCGGGCGUCCGCAGGGGGCGCCGAGCCCCGCUGCCCGCCGCCUGCGCUGCCCGCCCCCUGCCCGGGGACCCGCCCCGAGCCCCGCACCGCUUAAACGGCCCCGCGCCGCCGGCCUCUGCCCGCCGCAGUCAUGUCCGCCCGCCCCGCGUUCCCCAGCCCCCGCUGCCUGGCCGCUGCCGCCCCGGCCGGCAAAGCGAAGCUCACCCACCCCGGCAAGGCGAUCCUGGCAGGUGGUAUUGCCGGUGGCAUUGAGAUCUGCAUUACAUUCCCUACGGAGUAUGUGAAGACUCAGCUACAGCUGGAUGAGAAAGCUAACCCGCCCCGGUACAAAGGCAUCGCGGACUGCGUGAAGCAGACUGUCCAGGGCCAUGGAGUGAAGGGGCUCUAUCGAGGCCUCAGCUCACUGGUGUAUGGCUCCAUCCCAAAGGCUGCCGUGAGGUUCGGCAUGUUCGAGUUCCUCAGCAACCACAUGAGAGAUGAGAAGGGCAACCUGAACAGCAGGCGCGGGCUGCUGUGCGGCUUGGGAGCCGGGGUGGCCGAGGCCGUGGUGGUGGUGUGUCCCAUGGAGACCAUAAAGGUGAAGUUUAUCCAUGACCAGUGCUCCCCCAAACCGAAGUACCGUGGCUUCUUCCACGGCGUGCGGGAGAUCAUCCGCGAGCAGGGUCUGAAGGGAACCUACCAGGGUUUAACCGCUACUGUCCUCAAGCAAGGAUCAAACCAGGCCAUUCGCUUCUUCGUCAUGACGGCGCUCAGGAACUGGUACAAAGGGGAUGAUCCCAACAAGGUCAUAAACCCCUUCGUCACCGGGAUAUUUGGGGCCAUUGCCGGAGCGGCUAGCGUCUUUGGCAACACCCCCCUGGAUGUGGUGAAAACCAGAAUGCAGGGACUUGAAGCGCACAAGUACAAGAGCACCUGGGACUGCGCCUACCAGAUCAUGAAAUACGAAGGGCCCAUCGCGUUUUACAAGGGCACCGUGCCUCGCCUGGGCCGGGUCUGUCUGGAUGUGGCCAUCGUCUUCGUAAUCUAUGACGAAGUGGUCAAGGUCCUCAACAAGGUGUGGAAAACCGACUGAGCCUGCCAGCAGCCCCGGGCAGCGGCACCGUCUCCUCCACCACCGCGAGGCAACAGCUGGAGGAAGAUGACCAACCCGGAAGAAAUUAUAUGGACAUUUCACUAGGAGCGGUGCCUUGUGCCCAGCCACUUGGGCCCAUAUCAAACCCUGAACAUCUUUAUUUAUAGGAUCGAACUGUGGAGUAGUUUAAAUUAUUGAUCAUGUGCUAAAAUGAUGGUGGGGGGGAGGGGACUAUAUCUGCAAACUUUGCAAAGGCCAGCUCCACUAGCCUGGGGGUGGAGCUGGGGGGGGAAUAGAUCAGUGCCCAAAAGGGAGAAGAGAGGCCAUGAUUCUCCAACCAGAUUACAAUUCAGUCCAUGUUUCCUUUUGCCUUUGAGAAAACAGAGCCAAGCGAGCAAAGGUUUCCACUGAGCUCACUGCCAUCUCCCGCCUCUCCCAGCAGGAGGCGCUGGAGUGCGUGGGGCUGGAGCACUGGCUGCAGGGGCACGAUUGCAAUGGUGUGAUGUCCCUGGGUAUGGGGAGCUUGCUGCUCCUCCAGUCCCAUCCUCUACCUCUAGGAAGCACUCUAGGGAAUGGUGUGGCACCCCAGGCUGCAAGCCACUCACGGCUAUUCCACACCCAAUCUCGAGAAGCAGGAGUCGCUAGCAGGGCGGGGUGGGGGACCCCUGGCUGGGGGAGAGCUCCAGCCCCCCCUACCAGAGCUGCCAAGUGCCUCAGUCUUAGCGUUUUCCAGUGGGAGUCACUAGGGCCAAAGAGGGUUGAUCGUGAAGUGAGCUGCGUGGCACACACUGGCCAUUUAGCCUCUGGUUUAAGCCAGAAAGCUGAGGGGAGGCCCCUUGGUGCAGGCAAUGACCCUGCCUCCUAGAGUCGGAGCGUGUGAUUCAGACCUGUGGCUCCGAACACGCGCCUUCCCUUAGGGGCUUUGCCUGCCCAGCCACCUCCCCUGGAGGAGAGAGGAAAUCCACCCUGUACCGCCUCCUGGGAGCACUGAGGGGCUUUGCUAUGGAACCUGCAAGGAACUCAGUGCCCAGAACAUGUCCUCUACCAUCCCAGCCACUCGCCCAGGCUCCUGGCGGCACGGCUGCUGCUGUGGUAGAGACCCUGCACUGAGUGGUGGUACCUUCCUUUUCCUUUUCCUCGCUGAGGAAACAUUCCCAGGCGCGUGACUUCCAGCCUAGCGUGACCAGGUUCCUCACCCCUGUGACAGAGGCACCUUGUUGACAUCUGAGAAAGGUGAAGUGCUCGCCUGCCACUCGGCCUUCUCUGAUUAAACUGCCUCUUCCCACAUUCCCUUCCACUCUGCCUCUCCACACCCCCCCCCCCCCCACGCCGCUCGAUAUUCCAGUGCUGGGAGCCAGACAAGUACCUAGCUAGACUCAAUAAACGUCACACUGCGUUGUUAACACUUGUACUGUAUCCCCGGGGGACCGUAACCCUGUCCUUGCCCAGUGCCAAGAGCUCAUAAUGGUUCCAGUGCAGAUUUGUGCCAAAAUCGUGUCUCUGUCUACAAUAGUUACGCAGGGGUUUGUCUGUUUGUACUCUCAGUGACAAAUGCAGCCUUAACACUAUCGUAUGCGCAGGCGAAGAAGGAAAGCGCAGGGAAGAGUCACUUUCUAGCUUUCAGCUCUCAAGCCAUUGAGGUUUUUUUGCAUUUGCAACUUGAAUAAAAUAAGAGCCUUGCUUUAGAACACACUUCAGAAUUUAACCAGGAUCUGUAAAGGCAGCAAUCAACCCUUGUACUGCGUAUGUGUGUACUGACACCCUGAUGCAUAUUUGUAUGUCGCAUUUACAAUCCUGUGCGACAUUAAUGGUCCCUAGCAGCCCACAGUGAUCUCGCUGUAGCAUCUGCAGCCCCUAUUGUAUCAUGCGGACGGGGCAGCUCCCCGGAAUCCGAGCCAGAGGCAUAGUUUUCACUCCUUUGCUAAUAUUUUAGAGUCCAGGGGUUUCUUUUCAAGCUUUGAGCAAAACGUGUUCAUGUUGCACUUGCAGCUGCCUGCUGGAGUGACUCUUGCCAUUUUCAAGGCCAAAUUGGGGCACUCUGGCGAGCACCCCAACAAUAAACCAAAGUUGCCUGUUAACAAAGUCUCCAUCGCUCUGUGUGGGCCAAAGGUAGCCCCGGGUCCGUUGCAAUUUAAGCCUUUUGCUCACAUCCCUUCGGUCAGUGAGAGCUCCCCACCCUCGUGUUCUGGAUGAGCAAAGGGAUCCAGGAGGGGGCCCCAGGCCCCAAAUCACUGGUGAACGUAUUUUGUCAAUGCAGCUAGCUACACUGCAGCUACACGGGAAUGAUGCUGUCUUCUGUUACACUGGCUGCAGAUCAUUUGACACUUUAGCCCAUGUAUGCUGCAGUCUGCUUUCCCAAGUGUCUCCCCUCCGAGUUCUUGGGUACUUACCCUGGAAUUGCACUGGUCACCACUAGGUUCCGAACAGGCUGGGAACUCUUCCCCUCCCCCCCUGUUUUGUGUUUACCAUCCAAUUCAAUCCAUUGCCUCAGUGCUGUGCUGAUACGGGAAUGAGAUUUGAUGUCCUCUCUGAUCCCUGACUCUUCUCAGAUGCUUCUGUAGCACAUUAAGAAUGAGAUUCUGAAUGACUAAAAGCUAAACUGGGCUGUUUCUUGGGCUCAGUAGAAAUGUGCAAGGCUCUGAUCCUGUAAAAUCCUUGACUGUGGUGCUGCUAGUGUGGGGAUCUGAAAGCCAAGCUGGGUUCUUCAUGCCUGCUGCCUUCAAUGAUGGGAGCAAAGAUUGUGCCCUAAAUCCAAUACAAUGACAAUUGGAGGGUAGGGGUGGGAGGAUGCUGAGUGGAAGAGGACAUUUGGGAAAGGAUCUUCCUACUGGAGACUAGUUAGGGUCUUCUCCUCCAGGACCAAUGAAUUAUUUCCUGCAUUGCUUGUCGUUGUUUGGCUUCUUUAGGCCUCAGAGGAGCUGCUCCCUCCCGAAGCUGCCUUUGGGCUAGGAAGAGACGCUACCAGACAGCUUCUCUAGUGCAGGGCCGAGAACUGCUGCCACUGGGCUCCCCUCGGGAGGUGGGAAAUACCGUCUCCUUUAGUCAUGUGUUCUAGGGCAGACUCUCUACCUGGAGCAACAUUCUAUGGGUGCAGGCCAUUGCCCAGCACCCAUCCCUCGGGGUGGGUGCCAGAGCCAGGAGAAAGCUCAGCACAGGAGUGUGUGCACUGUGUUGUCUCUUUGCCUCUGCCUUGGCAGAGUCCGUGUGCUCUGCUCUCUACAAGGCUGAGUCUUCUACACAUGUGUCAGCCCCUGCUGCUUUCUCAGGUUUUACUGCAUUCAGAGAUUAUGUAAUAAACUGAAACCUGCUGCAA